CUCUCUCUUCCCCCGCACCCGAAGCCGCCAAAUCGAACGCCCAAAGACGAGGGUUCCCCUUCCCCACUCUCCCUCUCUCUCUCUCUCUCUAUCUCUCUCUCUCUCUCUCAUACCACUCCGCUUCUCCAAAACCUAAGGAUCACAAUUUUUUAUUUUAAAAAAGGGGAAAAAAAAAGAGAAAAGAAGAAGAAUAAAGAGAAAAGAGGAAAUAUCUCGAGGGAAAAAAAAGGAGAGUAGUGUGGAAGAGAUUAAAGUAAGAAAGAGGAGAGGAGGAGAAAGGAAAGGGCUGUAGUCAUAGUGUGCGAGAGAAACUGCUGCUGCUGCUUCUUUUUCUUCUUCUUCAUCGUCGUCGUCGUCGUCGUCGUCGUCGUUUUCUUCUUCUUUGAAAUAAGGAGGGAUCGGAUUCUUUUCGGCGAUUCCAGUUGAAUGAGGAUUACUUUGUAAAGUGUUGAGCUUCUAAUACCUGUCACCGAUCCCUUAAGAUGAAACCGAAUGCAAAUGGGACCAUUCAGAGAGCAAAGCGGUUGGAGCGUGUUCAAGGAGAAGGACCAAAUUGGGUCCUUCUAGCCGGAGGCGCAUUGUUAAGCACAUUGUCUAUCAGGCUUGGAUGCAAACUGAAUCAGAUCUUUCAGAACAGUCGUUCAAAUAGUUCCAAUAAUGCUACAAAAGAGAGGGGAAAAUCUGCAACCAGGCGGAGGGCUUCAACUUGCCAACUGCAUUCAAAUUUAUAUUGUUAUACUUCAAAGGAAGAUGGCUGUUAUCAUUGCCCCUCAGAUGUUGCAUUAAACAUAAAGCUGGUACCCACCAGUCAAAUGUCCAAGGAAGAAGAUAGCUCCCUUCCUUUAGUAAAGAUCCCAACUGAAGAGCCCAACAAAGACAGCGGAGUGAUGUGGUCACCUUCACCCGAUCGCCUAGGGCUACCUCAAAAGCCGUUCCAUCACUCAAACAGCUCAGAAUCCCCAUGUGUCUCAGAAUCCGGAUCAGACAUCUACAUCAAGCGAGAGGUGAUUCAAAAGCUAAGGCAACAGCUCCAAAGACGGGACGAGAUGAUAAUGGAGAUGCAGUCACAGAUCGUGGACCUCCGCAAUUCCCUAAACAUCGAAAUGAGCCAUUCAGCUGAUUUGCAGUCUCAGAUCGAUGCUGCAAAUACGGACCUCUUCGAGUCUGAGAGGGAGAUCCAGCGGCUCAGAAAAGCCAUCGCCGACCACUGUGUGGCAGAGAUGGGUUCGCAAGAGAAACCAGUGCAUGCUAAUGGAUUUGUGAAUGGAUAUGCUAACCACAUAGAUGAUGUGGAUUUGCACUGUUUUAGUGGUGGUGGGGAGGUUAGAGGGGAUGAAGAGAAGGUUGAGAUGCUGAAGAGGGAAGUGGCGGAGUUAAGGGAAGUGAUUGAAGGGAAGGACUACUUGCUUCAGAGCUACAAGGAGCAGAAGGUAGAGCUGUGCUUGAAGAUUAAGGAGUUGCAGCACAGGCUUGCCUCCCAGGUUCCUAAUAUCUUAUAGGAACUUUCUUAGCAUUGCGGCAUAGUUAGUAUUCAUGUUUAAACUUUUUGUGUUGGGCUAUGUUUUGCCGUCCCAAAUGAGCUUGGUGUAUAGUUUCUUUCUCCUUAGGCUCCAUCAGUCUGGCUUGCUUGUGUGAAAUCUUUCUUUCAGGAAUGGUAGUUUCUGAACGAUAGAACCGAUUUCAGAAUCAAACUGACCUACUUGUGUUAGGUAAUACUAGGAUUCAUUUGCUUGUAUGAAGAGAAAUCUCAUUGUGAUUUUAGACCAAAUUUGUAGUUGCAGCGUUCUUUACUGUGUGUGUGUGUUUUCCUCUAAAUGGGAAUGUCAUCGGUGAUGCCCUGGAAUAUAGGGUGGAAUCAAUGCAUGGAAUUGGUUUGACUUC